CGUCAUUGAAUUCCAGUACUGUCAUUUUUAAAUUGAAUUGCAAAGAUAAAUUACAAAAUUUCAAAUGGCUACAUCUUUGGCACAUAGAACUCUGCUCGAGUGCCAAUCAUGUGGGAAUGCAUUUCCCAAAGAAACACAUCAUGAUAGGGACGAUCAUUUUUGUGAUAACUGUAAGAGUAACGACUUCUCAUUAGCAGAGAAAAGCGUUAGAAUACAGGAUGAUGACCACUCCAGGCAUGGAAACUCAUCGAACAAGCUAUUUCCAAACCCAGAAAAAUUCCAGAGGAGAAGAGUUUCCUCAACAUCUUCGGUUUCCCAGACAAAGAAUUCCAUAUCCAAAAAGCCCCUGAAGUGCCCCUAUUUGGACUGUGGGAAAUUUGUAGGUGUCUUUGACAUGAGCGCACAUUACAAAUACGAGCACAAAGAAGUUCCUAUUAUUUUCACACACUGCGAUGCUCGAAGCGCACUGGAAUUCUCUCCUAGAGAUAUCAAACGUGGUGGAGUUCGAACGAUGCUUUUACUGAAUUUGGAUGAUUUUCCUGCCUGUGGAAUGAGUGCACCAUCAACGGCUGUUUCUAAAACUUCGAGUUCCUUCCCGAAAGAAAACCAAACUUUACUUGUUCUUGCCACGAAAUUAUCUGAAUGUGAUAUGGAUGAGAAAAUUCGAGAAAAAGGCAGAAGGCACAGAGCCGAAGAACCCAAAGAUACAGACGUAUGGAUAUUUUGGUUGGGAUUAAACGUGUCCACCAAUUUAUCUUAUACUCUUGCCAUUUCUACAUUGGAUAACGAAAUCAGGUUGAAGUACUUUGGCCCAGUUGUACAUCUGGAAGAAGAUCCUGUGAAACUUUGGGCGAACGGCAAAUGUUUACUACUGAACAGAUUUCAGAUAGAAAGGAUGAGUGAAAAUUUCCAUAAGAAUCUCAAUUUGGACAUCAUCAUCUACUCUGACGAAUAAAUCUAAAGAUUUUUCGUUUCAGAUUUUAAUAAAUUAACAAGAG